CGCGAAUUUGCCCACUUGGCAUGAGCCAAUUCCACACGGACGUGGCAUUUGAAGCGGCCGAGCACUACGGAGAGGACGAAGACCUGGACCCGACGACCCAACCGCAUCCACACGCCCAGCAACCAAACCACCCACAGCCCCAACCCAUCAGCCAAGAGUACUUCAAGGUGGACAAGCCGUCGUAUGUGUGGUCGGUCAUCUACAAGCUCAAGACGCCACAGCUGAACAAGCGUCAGAAGACGUGCUUUUACGUGUGCAUCAAGUGCAUUGAGGAGAACGUCCCUUGGCAAGAUUGCUUGAUCAACCUCGUCAAGCAAAACCCGUCCAACGGCACGUUGCACAUCAAGAAUCGCCACCCGGCAGUCUGGAACGACCAUGUCGACGCCCAGGCAGGAAUUGAAAAGAAGGAAAAGACCAAGCUCGAUGUUGGAACGACCAACUUGCCAGCAAUGUCACGUAAACGCGCCCGUCCGUCGCCGUUCCAAGGAUCGAUCGAGUCGCUGGACUUUCCCCGAGAAAGCAUCACGACGAUGCUGACGCCAAAACAGUACGACGAUGACAUCAGCAACACCGACCGCGAAAGACUCGAGUUGCAUCGCUUGGACAUCCAGCUGCGUUACGAUCUGGAGAAUCAACGACUUGCACUCGAGCGCCGCCGUGAGGAGCGCGCCGAACGUGAGUUUGAACUGAAGCAGCGCCUCAUCCUCGCCCAGACAAAGGAGUCGGAGUUCAACUUGAAAGCGAACCGCCUUCGUCUCAAAGUCGACAUGGCGAAACUCGGGGUGCCAGUUGGCGAUGUCAGUCUCGUAUUGGGGGACGAGGUCGCCAUCUAAGACCCUUUCUGCGUUGUGUAGCAGGUACAACGGUCCUAGCCGACGAGACAGGUGGAAUGCACUGACAAUUACAUUCACGACUUUAUCUACCA